AUUGGACAUAGGCCCUUUGUCUGCGUGACGUCGCAUAAACUGGCAGUUACCAGGUGAACGCUGGGAGGCUGUCAUGUGACCGAGAGGGGCGGCCAGGCUCGGUGGGGCGUCUUCCUAGGUACUGCGCAUGACUGUGACGUAGCCGGGAAGAAGUUUGCAGUCCGUGGCAGGUCUCAGCUUGACGUCAUACGCGGAGAGGUUUGACGGGCAGCAGUAGUGAUUGAUGUUCCAGGAGUUUGUAGAAACAAAAAGUCUCGCAAAAGUGUUGACCAUGGCGCUCUACAGCAAAGAAGACACAUUAGCGAUGCGCAAGAAGUUGAUUGGCAUGGAAUAAACCUAUUACUUGUUCCUCAGAUGAUGUAGUACUGGUCAGGGUGUAGGUUGUGCUCUUGUAAAAGUGUUCAGUCUGCAGAGCGGACUCACUGUCACUUCCUCCCAGCUCGUCCUGCCGGCUGUUCUUCUCCGAGGAGCCGGUGAAGAUCGUGAAAGCCCAGGGACAGUACUUGUACGAUGAGAAGGGAAGGCGCUACCUGGACUGUAUCAGUAAUGUCCAUCACGUGGGGCACUGCCACCCCGCAGUGGCGCAGGCAGCGGCCGCGCAGAUGCAGCUGCAGAACACGAACACCCGGUUCCUCCACGACAACCUGGUCCAGUACGCGGCGAGACUUUCGGAGACGCUGCCGGAAAAGCUCCAAGUCUUCUACUUCGUCAAUUCUGGCUCUGAAGCCAAUGACUUAGCCCUGCGCCUGGCUCGGCAGUAUAGCCAGCAUGAGGACGUCCUGGUGCUGGAUCACGCUUACCACGGACAUCUGACUUCUCUGAUCGACAUCAGUCCCUACAAGUUCCGGAAACUGGGAGGACAGAAGGAGUGGGUUCAUGUGGCCCCGCUGCCCGAUACCUACAGAGGGCUGUACAGGAAGGAGCACGAGGACGCGGCACGGGCCUACGCGGACGAGGUGAAGUGUGUGAUAGAUGAAGCACAUAAGAAAGGCCGGAAGAUUGCUGCCUUUUUCGCCGAGUCGCUCCCGAGUGUCGGAGGGCAGAUCGUUUUGCCACCUGGCUACUUUCAAAAGGUGGCGGAGUACGUUAGGGCCGCUGGAGCUGUCUUCGUGGCCGACGAGGUCCAGGUUGGCUUCGGCCGGGUGGGGAGACACUUCUGGGGCUUCCAGCUCCAGGGAGAAGACUUCGUCCCCGAUAUCGUCACCAUGGGCAAGCCCAUCGGCAACGGGCACCCUCUGUCCUGCGUGGCGACCACCCAGGAGAUCGCAGACGCCUUCACCGCCAACGGGGUGGAGUACUUCAACACCUUCGGUGGGAACCCAGUCUCCUGCGCGAUCGGCCUGGCUGUCUUGGAUGUCAUGGAGAAGGAGGACCUGCGUGGGAAUGCCACACGGGUGGGAGAAUACUUCAUGAAACUGAUGAACGAUCUCAAACGCAAACACCCGAUAAUCGGAGACGUUCGGGGGGUUGGCCUGUUUGUGGGAAUUGACCUGGUUAAAGAUCGAAACCUGAGGACCCCAGCCAAGGAGGAAGCAGAUUUCAUACUGAAGAGGUUGAAGGAAGAAUACAUCUUCAUGAGCAGCGACGGGCCUGGGGAAAACGUGCUCAAGUUCAAGCCCCCCAUGUGCUUCAGCAUGGACGACGCCAAGCUGGUGGCGGACAAAAUAGACCAGAUACUUUCAGAUCUGAAAGAAAAUUCCCAUGCUUAAGAAUUUGGCGACAAGCCCAGACACUUCAGGUUUUAUGCCAGACCCCCCCCCCACACUGCACAUUUUAAUGGACUUUGAACAUGGAUUAGCUCAAACGAAACCAAAAGUUGAGUUUCCAUUGGUGACUGAAGAUCAUUUUAUUCUUCCCUUAAGCAAAAUACUGUUGGUCAUAAUGAGCAGUUUAUUGUAAUAAACAAGAUCCUGAUUCUUGGA